AUCUACACUACACAAACACCAUAGCAACCAAAGUGCCGCCAUUGGUAAUUACGAUGAAGUAAAAGCAUUUGUGGUCAGUUCCGAGCAUUUAGUUGGUGACUGUACCAGGGGAACAGAAACUGGAACAAGAGUUAAAGAGUGUGCUGCAGAACACCAACAGCUCAGCUGUCCACAAACACAGUCUGAAAAUCCCUCUCAAACCUGUGCAGGGAAUAUGAAUUAUAGCAACAAAAGCCACACUGAAAAACCUGUGGAUGCUCAGUACAAGGUUGACAACUUAACCCAGGACACUACCAAAAGUGGUAAUUUGGGCAAAAAUGAUGAAACAAUGACCCCCAAAUCACUGGCAGGGUUUCCAGGGAUCUUUAUCGGAUCCCCAAAUGAAACAAAUACUGCUUCUUCUAUCAGGGCCAAAAUAACACAGGGAAAUAGUACCUCCGAUGUAGGUGCUGGGUAUAGAGAUACCAUGUCUACAGAGGGAGACAUUAAGGCAUCAUCUGAUGGGGAACAAGGCAAUGCUGCUGUUAAACCAAAAAAAGGGAAAUCUAAGAGGUUUAGGAAGUCCAAGAACCAAGAUCAUCUUAAUUACUCUUUUGACUCCACACUGGAGUCUUCAUCAGAUGAAGGAGACAAAAUUAUCUCCAGGGUGCAUCGCAGUAAACAUUCAGCAACACGAAUAAAGCCUGGAACUCGCAUGAAAAAACAAGAAUUCACUCAGCUUAGAAGCAGCGAUGGAGCUGUUUCUGCACUGAAGUUGAAAAGCAAAUCUGCUGUGGAAAUUUGCUCUUCUGGAGCCCCAACUGAAAAUAAGGUUCAAGCUGGAGUUGGUGAAAAGAGUAGCCCCACACGACAACUGUUAUCCCCUCAGGCAACACAGAGAAUAACAAAUGUAAAAAAAAGUAUUACCUGUCAUAAAGAAAGUGAAGCACAACAAACAGAAAAGCUCCAGGAUUCCCUGAUGCAUUUUGCCUCAAGUGACAUUAACCCCUUUUUUCACCAGUGGCAAGAUGACGAAGCAAGUCAGAGAUGCUAUAAGAACCAGGUGUUUGGAAGUGCUGCUGACCUAUCUUCCAAAUCUCCACUUUUAAACUGUUGUGAAAAGUGCAUGACGAGAUGCUGCAGCGUUGACAACGGUUUGAAUGGGCAGAACUCUCCUUUCAACUCCCAUCUCAGUGCCUACGCCAACAACCAAGCACUCUCCAGUACUCUUAGCAGUAAUGAGGAUUAUAAAGAACAAGUUACUGCCACAUCUCAGCUAACACCUUGUCAUCGGUCUUCCUGUGUUGAUCACCACAUCGCCAACCUGACAAUCAACUGCGACGACUCAAAAACUGGUGUUCCCAGAGGUGUUGGCAGCAGCUCUGGUCAAGUGGAUGAGAUCAUGUUGGUUUACUCUUCGGAGCUGGAGUCUCAGGCGAACAGAUCCCAGACCCAAAGCGGAGGAAUGUGUGACCAUGGCACUCAGACUAAAUGUGGCCUACAGACAACUCUAAGCAAUAAUGUUAAGUGUACCAACGAACCAAAGAGGAGGGAGUGCCACAAAAGGAGCAGCACGCAGGUACAUGUGACAAAACAUACCACAGAAGACAUCAAACAAACCACCACAUGGGCCAGUUUGGAGAACAUGUCUGCUUACCUUUCCCAGCUCAUUCAUAGCACCUCCGAUCUGCUGGGUGAUGUCCAGGGAAUGAGAUCAGGGGAGAUACGCAAAUCUAGCCUGAGGAAAAAUGUUAGCGUCUCAAAUGUCAGCGACUCCCAUGGUUACUUUAAAGAUUUGAUCAAGAGAGAUGGCUCAACCCAAACAGUGGUGGAUAUUGGGAUGCAGAAAGAACAACCCUCAACAGGUGGUGAGAAAGACACCUCUGUCCAUCACACACCAUCCAUAGAAAGGUGCAAGUCCCAUGAAAUUAAUGUGAUAGUCAAAGUAAUUGGUUCUGAGGUUCUUGGCGCAUCCCAAGAGCAGGAUUCAAUCAGUAUAGUCAGAGCUAAAGGGAACACAGAUGAGAGAAUACAGAGCGUGCCUGAUCUGAUGUCAGCCGCUUCCUUUGGAGUGCAAAAAGCUGUCUUGCAAUCAGAGAAUGCCCCUCAAAAAAUACCAUUUGUGGAGAAAAGCAUUGAAUAUGAGAAACGAUUAAGAUCUGCUUUUUCUAGAAACUCAAAGCAAAGCGUGCCUGAGGCAGUGCCCCUCAAAAAUGGUGGCAUAUCUGAAACCACCUGCAGACUGUCAAAAAGUGCUUGCCAAGAGAAUUGCAAGCCCUCUGUGAGAAGCAGCCUGUCUUCUGGCUCCAGGAAUCAAGCUAGAUACACAGACCGCGCCUCAUCCCCGAUUCUCACUGUAGAAGCAAGGGUAAAUACAAAGCAGAUCGGAAAACAGUCGACACUCUGUCCUGUUCAAGAUGGAAAACGAGACAUUUCACACAUUAAAGAGUGCCUUUCUUUACCUUACCUCGACAUCAGCAAACAAUCACCAAGCACUUCACUUAGAGACAAAGUCCAAAUUUCCAGACAGCACUGUAGUGAAAUUAAAUCAGUCGAAACCAUAUCUCUUGACAAUGUAAGUGAAAUGAGUUGCACAAGUCCUAAGGGAUCUGACAGAUGCUCCACAAGCUUUAGCUUAUCACUAGAUAGAUCAAUGGACAAUGACAGAAGACAUGCCAGUUUCGAAGAGAAGGAUAACCAGCCUCCCAAUGACAAAUGGCUGAUGACAUCCCUGCCUGUUUCUCAGUUAAGGAGUCGUUCUUGUAAUGGCGUAUCUAUGCUGAACCACAACGCUUCUACUUUCAGACUGGCUGAUGGGUGCAAACAGAAAGAGAAACCCAAACAUGAUAAUACUCCAAGUAUCCGAACACAAGCUAUGGGAUAUCACUUACGACCAAGUGAUUCUGGAGGUAAUGAUGUUUGCAUCCCCACGCUAAUCAGUGAGAGGGAAGUCCAUCUUCAGGAGGACGACACGGUGUCACUGGCUCCCAGUGAGUGUAAUACAGAUAUCCUCCUGAACAUAAAACCCAUUGCUGAUCCACUCCAACAUCCAGACCCUCAGAGGGUCCCAGAUGACCUACCCAUGCACAACAAGUUCACUAACUGGUCAGGCAUCGAUCAGCUGCUGCCAAACCAAUGCUCUAAGGGAUCUCACAAACCAGCAAAUAAUCUAACUAACACCCGUGGUGAGUGGGAUGAGUCAGAAAGCUAUGGUUCGAAUGUGGAGCCGGUGCUGCAGAGGGAGAGGAGGGCAAGGGAGAUAGAAAGGCUGCAACAGGAGAGGGAGCAGGUGAUGGCUACAGUCAAUCUCAGCAUGAACGCUCCCCAGCUCUCUGUGGAGCUGACUGAGGCCAAGCUCCAUUACGGCCUGGGAGAGACGGACACACUGCUGAAGAUGCUCUCCUCCAGGUCCAGAGAGAAAGCACAGCCACUGCCCUCCAUCGCUACCAAACAGCAGCUUUAUGAUAGACACAGGACGAGUAUUGAGGGUCUGCGGCAGGAGAGAGAGGCACGUCUCCAGACCGUUCGCAGGGCUCGUAGUCUGAGUCCCGGUAAACAUCCUCGUUCCCCUCUCAAGGACGCCGGAUCCUUCUCAGGAGUCUCUGCCACACCCAGCUGUCGUAAGGAGUACCUGCAACAGCUCCGCCGAGAGGUGAUGGAGAGCACCAGAAUACCAGACCCGGCUACAGGAGAGGGCCACUACCCAUCUGAGAUUGACCAUCUCCUGCGUGACUAUGGUCGUGCACGGGAGGAGGCCAGGACGGAGAUAGCGAGGGUGCGGGAAAGACUGAGAGAAAGGACGGAGCAGGAGAAGAGAAGGCUUCAACAGCAGGCCCUGUCGCAGGUGAUCAAGGACGACCUAAGGUAUCGGACAAGGAUCAGCAACAGCACUUUGUGCACUGGCUCCAGCCUGAGCAUUUCCUCCGGACCGACCUCAGGCUACAACAGUGGCAACACAGCCCAGCUCAGAGAUGGCAACAGACCAGCACUUCACAACGGACAGGCUACAGUUUUUCAUGAUGAAGGGCUGAAGGUCAGGACGCGUCCCCCUAUAUGUGGCCCUCUGACUGUGAAGACCCAGAGAGCCUGGCUGUCUGCCCAGGAUGUCCGCAUGGAACCCCCUGUCACAGGGUUUGAACCCCUGAUGACCUCAUCACCGUCACCCGCUGCCUCUACACGCCAACGCGCCGCCUCUUUCGGUUCCUCCUCCUCUGUAUCCACGGCCUAUCAGGACAUUGCAUCCGCUCUCCUGGGUCGAGCCUUGGCAGAGGUACAACUGGCUUGUGCUGGGGACAUGGCCAACCUGAUCACGGGCAAGGCAGCUGCAGGCUGGAGGCACCAGGGCACAGACAGGGGCUUCCAAGCCUACUACAAGUUGUCCUCCAGCCCUUCUGUCUAUGGUUUUCUGGGGGCUGGUGAGCUGGACAGGCCCCUGGCUCGUGUCUGGAGUCUGGUCCGACAGCCCGGGAAGAGCCACCUGUACAACCCGUCAGUCCGCUCUGCCUGGACGCGACCACUAGAUGACAGCACUCAGCUGGUCUACCUGCUAACAGAUCCGUCCACCUGCCACCUCAGCCAGCCAAGGGACUUCUGUUGCAUCAGCACCGAGUCCAAACAGGUUGACCUCUAUGUACUGGCCAUGCAGUCUGUCUUUGAGGAAUCUCUUCCCCGUCCCAGCAUGGAUGCUGUGCGGGGGGAAUUGAUGCCUAGUGCUUGGAUCCUUCAGCCCAUCAGGCGCAAUGGACAAGAAGUCGUCCGGGUCAUCUACCUGCUGCAGGUGGACUUAAGGACUCCAUCUUUUCCCCACAGACUGUUGAACACUGUAGCUAAAAGACAGACAGCGGUCAUCGCUGAGCUCGAUGCCCUCCUUGCCCUGUGAAACCACAGCACACGUAGAAGACUUGUAGAAGACAACAAGUACUUAGACUGAACUGUCCCGAGCCCGGGUUUAGUCUAUCUUCCAAUUUUGCACCCAAACUUUAUUUACUUGACUUGUUCAUUUUUCUAAGAGCACUGAUGUUAUAUUGAUAUCCAGAUACCAAGUAUCAUGCAGCUUUUUUUUGUACAAGCAUUUAUUCCUGAAACAAUCUUAUUUGUGUGUUUGUGUAGCAAUGUAUUUGAAUGCUUGACCAUUGCAAUCCUAUUUUACCAAAGAUUUUGAAGUGUUGACCCAUGGAAAAGCAGCAGGAAUGACUUCAGGAGAAUGACCCGCUCAUUGUAUGCUAGUGACACGUCACAUUUUCAACUAGUUUAAAAUUGCCUUUCCCAGCCCGUGAAGCUAUCCGGUCCCCCGUCCAGGUCAGGCUGAUGAGUUGUAGAUUUUCUUCUUAAAUUCAAAGGCACAGGUUUUAUUACAACAGGUGAUGCAAGUAUUCUUUGAGGUAAAACUGGCUUGCCAUCGAUGAUGCUACCGAUUCCUUUUACUGACUGUUGCCAUCAGUCAGCAAUUACAGCUUACUAACAGUGGGCAAAUAUGUAAAAGUCACCUUAGCCAACAUUACAACAACAACAACAAAAAUUAGGUGAAUUUUUGUAUCAAUCAACAAAGUAUUUGAAUUACCGUUGUUUGGAUGGCUCGAGUAUGUGUACUCCAAAAGCAUAUAUUUUUAUUUUUGUGUGUUUGUGUGUCUCAGUAAUCCCAGAAAUAUUCACAUCUGCAUUUUCUGGAGCCUGCCAACGCACCUGAGGUUAGAACCACAGAGGCAGUGGUACUUUCUGCCAUAUCUGUGUCAAACAGUAUUUACAAAUACUUUCAUGAUUUGCUUUGACCUGCUUAAAAUACUGAAUUGGUGGGAUUUAACACACUGAACAAUACAAUGACUGACGCUCACCGGGAAGUUUCUUUGAAAGCCGGCUGAGUAAAUUAAUCACUUACCUGACGGUGUCAGAAAUGUUGGAAUACGAAACACUCCAUCCUUCUGGCAUUCUUGAGAAGGUUAAAACAAAUACUUGGAAUUAUUUUCAAUUACUAUUUGGCUCCGGUGUGUUGUUUACCUGUGUUUGUGUCUGUAGGUGCGGCAUAUUUUAUACCACUCAAACUGCAGAGUUUUUUAAGCAAUUCUGUAGUAGAACAGGGAAGGUUUUAUGUAUGUAUGUAUGUAUGUAUGUAUGUAUGUAUGUAUGUAUGUAUGUAUGUAUGUAUGUAUGUAUGUAUGUAUGUAUGUAUGUAUGUGUAUUGUGUGUAUUGUAUGAAAGCUACAAAACCACAUAUAUAACAGCAGCCUUAUAUGGUGCCCUCCAAAUCUGUGUAAGCUAACUUACAAGGGCUUUUGUCUAAUUCUGAAGUCUGUAGUAUUUAUUAUUUUCAUUGUUCAAAAGAUUGUUGAUGGUUGUUUUAUUUUUCAGAGCAAUGCACCGUGCUCGCAAAUAGUGCUUUGCUAUUCAUAUUUGUCGCUUGCAGCAGUGGCGAAGGUUCAUGUUGAAGUCCCUCUUUAUUCUCCAGUUGUUUGUACGGUGCUGAAACUAUGCGGAGGACAAUCAAAGGCACGGCCAUGCUGGGCUGAGCGAGUCCAGAUGAAGAGCCAUGUAGUUUACAGGCGUUUAAGGUUCGGGACAUUUUUGGCUGUAGUGUUCAGUGCCUUUACAGAAAAAAAAACAAAAAACAAAAGAAGAAGAAACAAAAAGAUGAAGGGAAGAUCCUCCUGGGACACGUGGCGAAAGAGCAGAAUGACAAUUUUGUACUGGUUUUUCUCUGUUUUUAUACACGUUUGUUUAUUUUGUAAAUGCUUCCUCUCACUGUGUAAACAAACAUUUGUUAUUUAUGUUUUGUUGUAUUCUGCUCAUGUUUUCUAAAUGUGUUUUAUUACAAAACUCAUUCUUUUGCUGAUAAGAUGCAAAUGUAGCCCAUGUGCCUUUGGUAUUUUUAUAAAU